CAUUCAUUUUUUUAACCAAGUCAAGCAGAUUUGAUUCAUCGUAAACAUUGAUUCAGAAAAAUAUGCUCUGUUGGUAUUUCUAGGGUUUCAGUGUAAUCAUUUGUAAAGUUUCACUUCAAACUCAAUCAUCUAUACUGGUAUGAUUCUUUACAUUGUUUGUUCUACGUUAAGCUCUGGUUAAUUACGUAUUUGUUGAUGUAAAUAGGAGUAUUUUCGACUUAAUCAAUGGCGUCGAUUCGAAGAACAUUGUCACCGAAUAAUAGCGAACGGCAUUUUCAGAAUGGAAAUCAAUAUUCAGUUCAAUCGCCAUCUCAUAAGCAGCUCAUUAUUAACGGCAAAAGCUCAUCGUUACUAUAUUCGCGAAAAAAUUACAUAUCUAGUAGGAAGAAGUUGUUCUAUAGGUGUUUGAUAUUUUUUGUGUUAGGGUUUGUAUUAGGUAUGGCACCAUUUGGUGGUAAUUUUGAUGAUGAUGUGAGAAGCCGUGAUUUUUCGUUUAAUGUUAAGAAGGAGGAGAUGAAAGAUGUGGUAAUACCGAGACCUGAGAACAGUGUUGUGGUUAACUCGGUUAAAUUACCUGAAGUGAAGGUGGUGAAGUUUGAUUAUGUUGUACCGAGGAAAUUGUUGAUUGUGGUGACACCGACUUAUAAUAGGGCGCUUCAAGGGUAUUAUCUUAAUAGAUUGAGUGAGGUGUUGAAGCUCGUGAAAUCGCCUUUGUUGUGGAUUGUGGUUGAGAUGAAUGCGGCGUCUGUAGAGACUGCGGAUAUUUUGAGGAAGACGGGAGUUAUGUAUCGGCAUUUGGUGUGUUCUAAGAAUAUGACGGAUAUAAAAGACCGUGGGGUGCAUCAGAGGAAUGUUGCGUUGGAGCAUAUUGAACGUCAUAGGCUUGAUGGAAUUGUUUACUUUGCAGAUGAUGAUAAUAUCUACUCGCUUGAGUUGUUUGAGAGCAUUAGAUCGAUCAAUCGUUUUGGCACCUGGCCUGUUGCUAUGCUGGCACAAAGCAAAAGCAAAGCAGUACUGGAGGGUCCUGUGUGCAAUGGAAGUCAAGUUAUUGGGUGGCACACUAAUGAGAAGAGUAAGCAACUUAGAAGAUUUCAUGUCGAUAUGUCUGGCUUUGCCUUCAAUAGCACUAUAUUAUGGGAUCCAAAGAAAUGGCAUCGACCAACUUCGGAUCCCAUUCGACAGUUGGACAAGGUGAAGGAGGGUUUCCAAGAGACCACUUUCAUAGAACAAAUUGUUGAAGACGAAAGCCAAAUGGAGGCUAUCCCUCCUGGUUGCUCAAGGGUAUUGAAUUGGCACCUUCAUCUGGAAGCUCGUGGACUUGUCUAUCCAAGAGGCUGGCUGCUUCAAAAGAACCUUGAUGCCGUUUUCUCUACCACAUGAGGACACAAGCAAGGUGCAAAGUCUCUAACUGGUGUCCAUGAAGGAGGUCAGUGCAUCUAAACCUACAACUUCCCUUGUCUUGUAAAGAAAGAGCCAAACGCAAAACGAGUAGGGAUUGGUGGGGUGAGGAAUAGCUUCUCUUAAUUAACAUCACCAAAAUUUUAGUCCCAGAAUGAAAAGGUUCAUUCUCCCUGCUCCCUCUUUGGAACAUAUUUGUUUAUGUUUAAUCACUUGUGCAUUUCCUAGGACACCGAACAAUAUCCACUGUAGCAUUUCAUAUCAUGGUGGUUAAGGCACUCUGUAUCUCAUACCAAAGCCUUUUUGUUGCUAAAAUUCAGAGAGCUUUUUGGAAUUAUUGUUGUUUCUGCGAUUGUGUGUCCAUAUUUAGUUUGACUGACCAAAGAAAAAAAGAAAGCGCCUCAGCUGCAAUUCUGUUUGACAGGCCAGUGCUAUAAUCCCAAUAGGAAGCUAUCAUUUUCAAGCUGAUCUGGGAAUUACUUGAGUGCCAAAGUCGAAGCAGCAAUGCAUGCCUUGAAAGACAGGAUAGCUAUAAAGAAAAGAGUAAUUGAUUUUCUUUUUUAUUUUCUCAAAAAUAUUCUUUGACCACAUCAAAAGUCCUUGUGUUGUGGAGUUUUGGAGUUUUGCUACUUUUUCCAAGGUGAGGGGUGUGGUGUCUUCAAUUUCCAUUGCAAGAUUGGAUGCCACUGCUGUCACUAAAGGCGGAAUGCGUGCGUGCUGUAGAGUUGAAUGGCUGUGGAUUAUCAUCCUGGGAAGCAGGAAGCAAGUGACGCUCAGUUCAAAUUGUAAUCUUUUACAAUUCUGAUUCUGACAGAACAGUUAUUAUACAUGACCUGCAUUUUUUUUCCCUUGAUGUGCAAAGGUUCUCAUUGC